CAACAUAUUUUUAGUCGUAAAAUCCGGAAUAUUUUGUGAAAAUGUCUGAAGACGAUAAUUGGUCAGUAAAUUGCAUCGAAACGACAGAUUGGAUGCCAUCACCUGACGAACUAGAUACAGCAUACAGCGCGUUGGAGAAUGGUACGUACGUGCUGGAGUUGAACUGGAAAUGCCCAGGACGCCGAGCUCCUUCGCCAGCCAAAAAGGACGAACCGAAAGUGGCCGACAAUGUAGAUAAGGAAGCAGCAAUGAAGAACAAAGAAUUUGAUUUCAUGGACGACGUCGCGCUGCCACAGAUGCGGGUCCGUGGGCAAAAUUCCGGUCCGAAAGGGUCGGCCAAAAAGAAGACCACCAACUUUGCCGGGGUCCUGGAUCAAAUGAAGAAGCACGGUCGCCUAACGCAGUCAAAGGACAGUGCCGGAUCGUAGCCGUUUCGUUCGUAGUAUUUUUUUUUUACUUAAUGCUCAUUAUUUACAUUCACUAUCCCAAUUUGAAAUAUCUUGGCCAUGUGGUCACAACCCGGUGAAUCCCGUCAGUCAUUCGUUCGCGCUGUACAGGGGUAUGUCGAUGAAGUUGAGGGUGAAGGCCUGCAAGGGACAAAUUAAUAGAUCGAUCGACCGUUAAACGACAGUAAACAGUUUAUAAAUAUAGCUUACGAUCAAGGUUUGGUCGUAUGAUGCCAACUGGUAUACGGAGGGUUGCCCAACAAGAUCGAAUCCCAUCAGCAGGUGUUAGUUCAAUAACUCAUGCAAAUUUGACGGAAGUAAGGAAGAUUAGAAAUACAAAAAAAUGCCUAGAAUAUAAAGUAAGCAGGAAAUCCUAGAAGAGAUUAAGUCUAAUUACAGUUAAGUCUUCAUCAAACAUUGUAGACAUUGUAAAUAAAUAGUGUACACCUACAGU